UGUCAAACGUCAGUCGUCGUAUACUUCUGAAAUUGUUGAUUUUUAAUGUUUUAGUUUUUAAACUGUUUAGGUUGAGUGUUGAUUAUCGGGCGAUUACGCGUUACUGUUUUUGAUUCAGUUCACAAUUAUUCGUUCCUUUGUAAUACAAACAUACAACUUUUGUAAAAUUCUGUCAUGGGUUGUGACGGUGGAACCAUACCACGACGAGAUGAAUUGGUGAGAGUUAAAAAGAAGCCCGAACAAAAAGAUAAAGACGCCGAAUUAACAGCUUUAUGGAAGUGUUGCGCAAUAACUCAGCAAGUUCUACAGAAACCAAUUGUUGUGUGUCAUCUGGGAAAACUGUACAGUAAAAUGGCCCUAAUCGAAGCUCUACUGGAUAGAAGAAGUUUGCCAGAGGAAUUCAGGCAUAUCAAAACUUUGAAAGACGUUCAAGAUGUAAACCUUACAAAAAAUCCUGAAUAUAAAAAUGAAGAUGACAAAAAAGAAGGUUCGGUUGAUCAUCGUGCCUCGCCAUACAUCUGUCCCGUUUUGGGCUUGGAAAUGGAUGGAAAAUUUCGAUUUGUUGCCGUAUGGGGCUGCGGAUGUGUGUUUUCUGAAAGAGCUUAUAAGGAAAUAGGAACAAAAAAUUGCAACAAGUGUAAUAAGCCGUUUGAAGAUGAUGAUAUUGUUAUUAUGAACGGGACAACAGAUGAAGACAUGAUUUUAAUGAAACAAAGAAUGGAAGUUAGACAAGCAAAAAACAAAAAAAAUAAAGAAAAGAAAAAAAUUAAAGUUGAACCAAGUACUUCAGGCUUAGCAGAAUGUAAAGAUAAGACCAUAAAAGGAACAAAGAGAUCAGUUACGUCAAAGGCUGAUGAUCUUUCUAAGAGGCUAAAAACAGGACCUUCUAAUUCUAUGUCGUUAUCCAAAAUUGGUAAUGUCAUAGCGUCAGGGAAAGCAAUAAAACCUGAAGAAAUAAAGAAGAUGGCUUCUAGUUAUAGCAUAGCAAAUGAUAAGAAAGCUACAGAUGUCUACAAGUCCUUAUUCACUACACAUAAGUCAGAAAAGGAACAAGAUAGAGCUCAUUGGAUAACAUACAAUCCAUUUUAUAAUUGAAAGCAUUUUACUAAAAUGU